GGCCGACACGAUGGCCAGCAUUCUGAGGCGACGGACCCAGCCCAGACUUCUGCGCAUUGACCACAGUGACAUCUAUUUCGAGAAUGAUAAACUUGAUGAAAAUUUGACUUUUGACUUAAGUAAGUCAAAUAGAUCUAAAUUCCAACAAUUUACAGUUACAGCCGCUCGACUUCCCCUUACAAUGUUUCCCGUUUAUGAAAGAAUAAUGGGAAGGAUGCUGAUGUCACGGAAGGAUGUUGAGAUGUCACAAAAAAAAAUAAAAAUUGUAAUACGCGUAAAUGUUCGCCUGUUUUAGAUAUUGGAGAGGGUAGGAGUAAGAUGUAGUUGACGUGAGAGGAUAGGGGUAAGAUGUAGUUGACGUGAGAGGGUAGGGGGUAAGGUGUAGUUGACGUGAGAGGGUAGGGGGUAAGAUGUAGUUGACGUGAGAGGGUAGGGGGUAAGAUGUAGUUGACGUGAGAGUGUAGGGGGUAAGAUGUAGUUGACGUGAGAGGGUAGGGGGUAAGAUGCAGUGGACGUGAGAGGGUAGGGGUAAAAUGUAGUUGACGGGAGAGGGUAGGGGUGGUAAGAUGUAGUUGACGUGAGAGGGUAGGGGGUAAGAUGUAGUUGACGUGAGAGUGUAGGGGGUAAGAUGUAGUUGACGUGAGAGGGUAGGGGGUAAGAUGCAGUUGACGUGAGAGGGUAGGGGUAAAAUGUAGUUGACGUGAGAGGGUAGGGGUAAUGUUUAGUUGAUGCGCAAACUGGAUUUUUUUAAGCUUUAAAAAAGUACAAUCACUGGCCCUUAAUGUAUAACCAGGUCAUGGGGUGAUUUAGAAAAAAAAUAUGUGUAAGAAGCGUGGGGAGAGGGUGUGUGUGGGUUGGUUGUGUAUAUAGAGCGUGGGAAGACGUUGUGCGGGUUGGUUGUGUAUAUAGAACGUGGGAAGAUGUUGUGCGGGUUGGUUGUGUAUAUGGAGCGUGGGGAGAGGGUGUGUGUGGGUUGGUUGUGUAUAUAGAACGUGGGGAGAGGGUGUGUGUGGGUUGGUUGUGUAUAUAGAACGUGGGGAGAGGGUGUGUGUGGGUUGGUUGUGUAUAUAGAACGUGGGAAGACGUUGUGCGGGUUGGUUGUGUAUAUGGAGCGUGGGGAGACGUUGUGCGGGUUGGUUGUGUAUAUGGAGCGUGGGGAGACGUUGUGCGGGUUGGUUGUGUAUAUGGAGCGUGGGGAGACGUUGUGCGGGUUGGUUGUGUAUAUGGAGCGUGGGGAGUGGUUGUGCGGGUUGGUUGUGUAUAUGGAGCGUGGGGAGACGGUGUGCGGGUUGGUUGUGUAUAUGGAGCGUGGGGAGACGUUGUGCGGGUUGGUUGUGUAUAUGGAGCGUGGGGAGACGUUGUGCGGGUUGGUUGUGUAUAUGGAGCGUGGUGAGACGUUGUGUGUGGGUUGGUUGGUGAUGGCGUUUAAUCUUAAACUUAGCACUUCAAAAAAAAAAUAUUUUUUAAAUUUUAAAAUACUUGUAUGCAUACAGUUUUAAAACCUGUAAAGUUGCCACAUCCUCACAGAUCUGGCCAAGGCUUCUAACGGGGCCAGCAUUUAAACAAAAUAAACAUAUUUAAAUUCUUUUCAAGGGAUCUCGAUUUAGUCAAAUUAUUUACCCCCACCCCCCAAUUUUGUUUUUUCCUUGUUGUCUCCUUUGGCAAAUUCGAUAGUAACUCAACUGGCAAAAAAAGCUAAUUCUAAGGGGGCUAAGUUUGUUAGCUAAGAUAAUCUUGUGCCGUGAGUGUGUUGUGUGAGUGUGGUGUUAGUGGGGCCUGAGUGUAGUGUGUGUGUAGUGUGAGAGUGGUGCCAGUGUGGUGAGAGUGGGCUGUCAGCGUGGUGUGAGUGCAGUGUCAGUGUGGUGUGAGUGUGGUGUGGGUGUGGUGUCAGUGUGGUGCCAGUGUGGUAGAGGGAUAUUCCCCAAUAAUGCUAAUGCUGUCGUCAAAAUGUAUUCAAUGGAAUUGUCUGUCAAGUGAAGAAGAAAAUGUUCCGAUUCGGACGUAUUGUUUGUUUUGUCUCGUUCGAACUUGCAUAUUAAAGGUGUAUUUCCUGAAUACCUGCUUCACCAACAGGUUCCAUUCAAAGACACCAGUAUCGGCAGUUCUUGGCGCGGCAGGCGGAGAUCUCGUUGUUGAAAAAAGAGUGCACGCUCCAUAAACAGAAACUCGUGCGUUCGGCCAGUCUGAACAAAAUCCGGGACAGGCGAUCCGUGUCAUUUCCGGUAACACCGCAGCACAGCAACAACCUCUUCAGACCAAGCGUCCAUUCCAGUGAAGCCAGAAAGGAAUCAGAAACCAGACCGACUCAGUCGGCGAAUAACCCCAAAACGGUGCAGGGAAUACAAAGCGCAAUGGCGCUGUCGGUCAGUCUGCCUAAACCCGGAUCACCGGAGACAAGCGUCACUGAUGACGACAUCAACGACAUUUCAGAGACCAAUUCAUUUCGGAGCGAUUUUCUUGGAAAUGCGUCGAACGAUGGGGUUAUUUCCCCUUCAUCGGUGCAGGUAACCACUGCGGUCAAAACCCAGGAAACGCUCAAAAUAAAAAGUGGGUCAUCGGGUAAGAAGGACAUGGAUAAAUAUCCCGCCCACUGGUACACGACUGUCCUACCGGCAGCUGACGUCAUCGUCAACCCGUUCGUGGGACGUCAGUCGCGUGGUACAACCGACCGGUUCGGGCGAUCCCGCACUUCACUGGGAAAUUCCAAAAACACGAGGGCUUCAAACUCGGGGCACUCCAGAAAGUCUGCAGUGACGAGGGAGCCUAGCCCCGCGCCCUCACCCCAAGGGCGGUCGCCAAAGGGCCAUCGACCGCACACGACAAAGACGCGGCGUCAGCUGAUGGAGAUAGCCAAUCAGGAGAGCUUGGACGCCAUGGAGGAUAACGCCAACAGCGUCAUAGAGCGUCGGCGCCACGCGAGCAGGCAGGAGGGGAUCCUACUGGAUCUGAAGGUCAAGGACUUCAUUCGCGAUCUGGGCGAGUUUCAGAGAUCGAAGUCGAAAGGGUUGCUUGACAAUCUAAGCUGAAAUGUGUUUCCUGCGUCACAAUCAUGUGCCACGAACUCACUAUCAUAUGUCACAGAGUCAAACUUUCAAAAUAAGAUGUUUCCCGAACAUGUGGUUGGUGAAUCACAAGUGUCUUAAUCUUUUAUUUCCCAAUCACUAUGGCAUUGUCUUUAAAAAAAAAGUUAUCUGAAAGGUAACAACAGAGCUUUACGCAGAUUGGUACUAACUAAUUAAAUGCAUUGUAUUAACAAUGUUGGUAUUAAAAUGCCCUUAUUAUUUGUACUGUAUCAUCAUUUGAAAUGAGAUGUGCGUUCAGUUCAUUUUGGAAGUGGAGAUGUAGAAGGAGGAAAAUUAGAUCAAACAAGUCAUUUUUCAUUGUGGCUUUGUGUUGACCAAAGGGGGAGUCUAAAAUCAAACAAGUCAUUUUUCAUUGUGGCCUUGUGUUGAUCAAAGGUGAAAUCUAAAAUCAAGCAAGACAUUUUUCAUUGUGGCCUUGUGUUGACCAAAGGGGGAGUCUAAAAUAAAAAAGUCAUUUUUUAUCGUGGCUUUGUGAUGACCAAAGUGGGAAUCUAAAAUCAAACAAGUCGUUUGUAAUUGUGGCUUUGUGUUGACCAAAGUGGGAAUCUAAAAUCAAACAAGUCAUUUUUCAUUGUGGGCUUGUGUUGAACAAAGGUGGAAUCUAAAAUCAAACAAGUCAUUUUCAUUGUGGCUUUGUGUUGACCACAGGAGGGAAAAAGCAAAAAAAGCUUCACUUUUAAGAUAUGAUUUAUAAUCUUUUGACAAAUUAAAAUAAAUUCCAGAGUCACCGCUGCAUUAUUACUGAUGAAAAAAACCCCACCUACAUAACAUUACAGUCCUCAUGCAGUGCAAAGAAACAAUAGAAUUAACCCGCUCUACUCCUUUUUUUUCUGAAUCGCUUAAAGAGGACACACAUUUAAUUUAUAAAGAGCACUUUAUUUGUCAGCAAAUGACACAUGACAUAGUAACUGACACGUGACACAUGAUAUAGUAACUGUCACAUUAAAACAAACAUUGUUACAAAAUAAAGUUUUGAGUAGGGCGAAGUAGUAACAUGAUAAUAAAAUUAAAUGAAGAUUUCAAGUAGAACAAAAAAAUUUUCAAAAAUGAUACCUUUACCUUAGAGCAGACUUAUAAAUGUUCUUUUCAUAG